AUGAUAAGUAUUCAUGUUCAAAUUCUUCUAAUAAUUCUUUUUUGGAAUUCUGAUUGUCAGAUUAUUCCCAGGAUUGAAGAAUGUGGACUUUCAUGUUCUCAGGGGAUUCAUUGUAAAAGCAAACCUUCCAGUGGCAUUUUUAACAGCUUCUGCCAUGAUGCUCCUGCAACUCUAUCUUCUAUGGUACUGAAAAGCAUGAAGAUCUCAACAGUGAUGAAAUGUGUCCAAGGAAGUCCAUGCUCUCUUCAUUUAAACAUUAAAGGAACUCUGAGUCUGGAUGAAAAUAUCCGUGGGCUGGAAAUAUGUUCUCUUUCACUGGACACACAGCAAUCUCAGUGCACAAAUGUGAGAUUUGCUAGGAAAAAAAGCAAGAUGCUUAAUGGAAAGAAGGUACAGGUACAAUUCAAUUGCAUUGAAGUCAAUGUAGCACAACACAUCUAUGUGACCAUGAAAACAGUACCAAAUUACUGUGAAGUCAAGCUGAGUCAGGAAUACUAUGUUGAAGAUUGCAGAAACAGUGAUGUGGGAAAAUAUAUUUCAGCUUGUUCGGCUGGAAAGUUUGAUUAUAAUGUAGACAGGGCAAGGAAAAUUAUAUCAGUGAAUGUAUCCAACUUUCUUCGAGAUCAAGAUUAUUACGUUCGCCUGUGCCACAAAUGGUUUACCUGUGAAGAUGCAGGGGCAUUUGCUGUGAUAAAAGGGAAGGAACCUUUAAAAUCAGUUUCUCUGAAAUAUUCUCAGCUACUCCCUUGUCUUUGCAUUGAGGGUUGGCUGGCAAUUCCAGAUGCAAGGAGGAUACAACUUUGCCCCUUUGAAAAUGAUACGAAGGUGCUAUGGGAUAAUAUUGUUUACAACCCAGUGACACAAACCCUAGCUUGGGAACCAGCCUGUCCUGUGCUUGUCAUGGUUAACCUGUGCAGGUUAAUGAAGUCUAACGACCACUGUGAAGAUAUACAAAACUCUUCCAAAAAUUCUCCUGAGAAAGUUAAAUAUUCUCGUGUGGACACUCACCCAAGACUUUGCAUGAAGUUUACAACAAAGCAAGGCUCUUGGGUUAAAUGUCCAUUUGCUCGUGGAGACUUUCCAGCUUGGAAAAUGAGAACUGCUGCAGUUGCAGAACAAAUACAAGUUUUCUUCACAUCCCAAACCAAGGCACAGUUCUCAGUGCUUGUGUGUAACAGGACGCAGCUGGCCUCAUGUGAAUCUGUUGGGAUGCACCAUUCAGUCUCUGUGGGAGAUUCUGUAUUAAUCACUAUGUCACAGGAAAUGUGUGGGUCAACAAUUUGCAUUCAGGGCUGGAGGACAGAUGUAGAUUAUUCAGUUCCACUGCAGAUCUGUGAUAUCCACUGUGAUUUUCGUGGUCAGACAUACAGUGAUGGAAACCCAGCAAAGGCCAUGACACACAGAAUGAAGAGUGUGCAUUCCUUGCAUUGAAUUUAACAACACAUUUUCAAGGUCCUUAGUAUCUUCUCAACAUCAAGUUGUAUUUU